ACGCCGCGUCGGUGAAGAACACUGAAGGGGUCGGCGAAGAGCGCUCAGACCUCCGCGGCCCUCGAGAGGGGUCGCCCCCCAUAAACAAAAAAUGCUCCUGCACACCCUCAUGCUCGCCGCGACCGCCGCGCCGGUCCUCGCCGUCUGCGAGGUCUCGGCGUGGUCCGACUGGUCGAUUUGCGAGCCAAAGUCCGUGUUCACGGGGUGCGACUACGCCGCGGGCCCGCCCGGGUGGCGCGCGCCGCCCGAGAGCGCGAAGAAGACGUCGGGGACCGCGGCGCCGGCGUCGGCGCCCGACAACGCGGCCUACGUCGCGGAGAUGAUGGAGGCGAUGAAGCGCCAGGGCGAGGCCGCGGCGCGCGCGUCCGAUGAGCAGGCCGCCGCCCCGGCGAACGCGGAGCGCCUCGGCCCCGCGGCCUGCGAGGCCGGCGACGCCGGGGGCUUCGGGUGUUCGAACGUGGACCUCGAGAGCUGGACGCCCAUCGCCGAGCUCGGCGCCCUGGAGGCGAGUUACUACGGCAAGAACACGAACGACAACUGGGGCUGGACCGCGAAGGACGGCCGCGAGUGGGCGCUCCAGUGCACGAACCUGUGUGGAAAUCAACCACUGGUUUGGGGGGCCGUCGAGGGCUUCGUCAUGACCGGCGGCACCGACUCGGGCGGGUCCAUCUGGCGCGACGUCAAGGUCUACGACCACUACGCGAUCAUCGUCUCCGAGACGCGCAAGCACGGCCUGCAGGUCUUCGACCUCGAGCGGCUGGACCCGUCCCACGCCCGCCACGACAAGGACGGCGACGGCUUUUAUGAACCGGACGCGCUCUUCGCCGACGUCGGCGGCGCGCACAACGUCGUCGUCAACGAGGAGACGGCGCGCGCCUACGUCGUCGGCGUCUAUAGCCCCCAGGGCUACGGGUACCUCUGCAACGGGGGCAUGUUCGGCGUCGACCUCCGCGACCCCGCGCAUCCGACGUCGCUCGGCUGCAUCUUCAGAAACGCCUAUGUUCACGACGCGCAGUGCGUCGUCUACCGGGGCCCGGACGCCGAGCACUUCGGCCGCGAGAUCUGCUUCUUGUUCACGGGCAACGACGUGCGCGUCGUCGACGUCACGGACGCGAGCGACGGCGGGGGCGACGUCACGCUGUCGAAGCUCGGCUACGAGGGCGUGCGGUACGCGCACCAGGGCUGGCUCACGUGCGACCACACGUCGGUCUUCGUCGACGACGAGCUCGACGAGGGCGGCGCGCGAGGGACGAAGACCUACGUGCUCGACGUCUCGGACCUCGACGCGCCGCUCCUCCGCUUCGUCCACGCGGCGGACAUCGGCGUCAUCGACCACAACCAGUACGUCAACGGCGCGUUCCUCUAUCAGGCCAACUACGCCGGCGGCCUGCGCGUCCUCGACAUCUCCGACGCGGAGCUCGGCGGCGACGCGGCCAAGGCGACGGGGCGGCCGGCGCUGGCCGAGGUCGCCUAUUUCGACGUCCUCCCGGACCGGGACACGGCGUCGUUCCUCGGCUCGUGGAACGUGCACCCCUUCUUCGCGAGCGGCCGCGUCGUCGUCAACGACGUCCAGGCGGGCACGGCCAUCGUGAAGCCCACGGGGCUCACGGUCGAGACGCGGGCGCGGAGUGUGACGGCCCGGGACGCCGGCGACGUCUGCCCGAACCUGUUCCAGGAGCGCUCCUGCGCCGCGCCGCCGGCCGACGCGUGCGCGGGGCUCGAAAAAGGGAAAUGCACGAAGGCCGCGACCUGCGAGUACAAGAAGCGGACGUGCCGCGCCAAGGCCGACGCGUGCGCGGGGCUGUCCCGGAAGCGGUGCAAAAAAACGUCGGGCUGCCGGUACAAGCGGAAGCGGUGCCGAACCUUCGACUGCGCGGCGCUCGAGAAGAAGAAGUGCAAGAAGGACGAAUCGACCUGCAAGUGGAGGCGCAAGAAAAAGAAGUGCGCGGCAAAGUGACGGGGCUCCGUAAGCCGAGCACUCUUU